AUGGUGAAGGAGUUUGAGAUGACAAAUCUUGGUUUAAUGUCAUACUUUCUUGGAAUAGAAGUACAACAAACUGAAAGAGGAAUUUUUAUCAAUCAACAAAGAUAUGCAGAAGGAAUAUUAAAGUGUUUCAAGACGGAUAAUUGCAAUCCAAUCUUAACACCAGUAGAGGAGAGAUUGAAGUUGACAAGAGAAGGGUCAGGAGAACUUGUGAAAUCAACAGACUUUAAAGGUCUUUUUGGAUGUCUAAGAUAUUUGACUGCUACAAGACCUGAUAUCAUGUAUGCAGUUGGAUUGGUUAGUAGGUUUAUGGAAGAACCUAGAAAAUCACAUUUACAAGAUGCAAAACGUAUUUUGAGAUAUGUUAGAGGAACAACUAGCUUGGGAAUUAUCUAUAAUGUUUCAGAAUACCCAAAAUUAAUUGGAUUUACUGAUAGUGAUUGGGCUGGUGAUACAGAAGGAAGAAAGAGCACUUCGGGUUAUGGAUUUUAG